AUGCAGAAAUCGAAUGACGAUUGCUUCUAUUUCCUCACAUCAUCUUGUGUAAAAGGUCCAGCAUGUCCAUAUCGUCAUAAUCCCUUAGUUUUAACUUGCAAUGUCAUGUGUCCGGCCUGGUUACGUGGAAACUGUGUUGAUCCAGCUUGCUCGUUACGCCAUAGUGCUAUUCAGCGUCCAACAAUAAGUAAUGGAGUGUCGUGUUUUUAUGAAAAUACACCGAUGGGUUGUUUGAAACCUGAUUGUACAUAUGUUCAUUUACGUGCACGUCCCAUGUCACGAGCUUCAUCAAUUGUGCGAUCUUCAGCAACUAAUCUAGUUAACAAAGAUGCAACGAAACCGCCAGCUGUGACCACUUCUCCUUCAGUCGAGCCCGUAUCGACGAUUCCAGCGACUCCUUUCGUCCCUCCUCCAGUAGAAAUAUCAGCAGUUCCUGAUUCACCUCCAGCAGUCACCAAAAUCGAAACUCCACCACGUCGUGUAGCAAUUCCAGCAGAAAAAGAGCAAAAAGAAGUCACACCCAAGAGCACCACUGUAAUACAACCUUGUGAAGAAGCGAAGACUACGCCACAACCAGCGUCAAAUCGAAAUGUUGUGAUGAGUGAAUCAUCCAAUGUUCCUAGUCGAACAGUCGUACAUCGAGUCGUCGUUUCAUCUGAUGCGAAAAAAUCGGCACCAAAAACGACAACCAACGAUUCCGACAGUGAUAUUGAUUUAGAUGAUUUAACCGAACUGGAGAGUAAUGCAAAAAAAGUGAACUCUCCUAUUGAUAUUCCAUUUCCAUGCUCUGCACCUUCAAUAACUAAUCGUCUGUUUAUAUCGUCGAAACCAAGUCCUUCAGCGGAUAACAACAAACCGAUUCGAUUAAAUCGCGAUCGUUUGCCCGCAGCAAAAGCAACCAUAUCCAAUUCUACUAGUUCUCCUUCCCAACCAGUCAAUGGAGAAAAAACAUCUGCGGGAACAGGAUUAUCACAAGAUGAUGAACGAAAACUUAGUCGACUCGAACGGUUUAAGAAGCAACCAACACCACCACCUCGAACUGUGGUGAAUUCAACACGCAAUGUAGUCAAUUCCAAACGGUCAGCACCUGACCAAUCGGUGGAUGAAUCGCCACCAGCCAAACGGCUUUCUUCUCAAUCAGAUAAUAAUCAUCGUCAACAAAAAAAUACGACAAUUGGUGAUUUAUGUUCACUACCACCAUCGUCUUCGAAUUCUCGCCGAACACACGAACGUCCUCAUCGUCGUCGACGUUCAUCAUCUUCAAGAUCAAGAUCAGGCUCACGAUCACGAUCGCGAUCACCAUCACGAUCUCGAUCUCGAUCACGAUCACCGUCUCCUUCGCAUUCAAUACGAAAACCAUCACCGCCCCAUUCAAACUAUAAACCUACGUCCUCGAUGAACGAUACUGCUUGGAAAAGAGAAGUCGAUGCAUUUCUUGCUAAAACUACUCAAUCAAGACCAGUCUUACCCACAGCAUCAGUUCAACCUCAACCAGUGCCAUUGUUCUCAGUGCGUCCGCGUUACGUGCCUCCACGUCCACUGAUGUCACGACCGGUCGCUCCUCGUGCUCCAAUUCUAAAUCCGCGACCACCACGACAGCCAAUAUCAACCACUCCGAUGCGGCCAACGGCACCAGUGAUAUCUGCACCUCGCCCUCCGUCACCACAAGCACAAGCACAAGCACAACUACAACCGAAUCCCAUUCAACAAACUCCGACUGUGAAUAAUUCAUCUCCAACAGAUGCGCAGAAAGAAGAGGAUGAACGUCUCUUACUUGGCGACUUAGAUGCACCGUCGGACGUUGUUGAUACUUUUGCUUUAAUCGAUGAAGCCUUGCUUGGAGUUGACGAUUUUCUCGAACUGGAAUGA